AUUAACAAAUCACAUCUUCAAAACCAUCAGAGAAUUCACACAGGAGAGAAGCCGUUUUCAUGUUCGGAAUGUGGAAAAUGUUUUACGAAAAAAACACAUCUUGAAACCCAUCGGCGAAUUCACACAGGAGAGAAGCCGUUUUCAUGUUUGGAAUGUAGGAAAUCUUUUACUGAUAAAUCAAUUCUUCUUCUACAUCAAAGAAUUCACACAGGAGAGAAACCGUAUUCAUGUUCAGAAUGUGGAAAAUCUUUUACUCAGAAAUCACGUCUUCACAACCACCAGAGACUUCACACAGGGGACAAGAUGUAUUCAUGUUCAGAAUGUAGGAAAUCUAUUACUGAGAAAUCAUCUCUUAAGAGCCAUCAGAAAAUUCACACAGGAGAUAAGCCAUUUUCUUGCUCAGAAUGUGGAAAAUGUUUUACUAGAAAAAGACAUCUUGAAAGACAUCAGAGAAUUCACACAGGAGAGAAGCCGUUUUCAUGUUCAGAAUGUGGAAAAUGUUUUACUAGAAAAACACAUCUUAAAAACCAUCAGAAAAUUCACACAGGAGAAAAGCCGUUUUCAUGUUCAGAAUGUGGAAAAUGUUUUACUAGAAAAGCAUAUCUUAAAAACCAUCAGAAAAUUCACACAGGAGAAAAGCCGUUUUCAUGUUCAGAAUGUGGAAAAUGUUUUACUGUAAAAACACAUCUUAAAAACCAUCAGAAAAUUCACACAGGCGAGAAGCCGUUUUCAUGUUCAGAAUGUGGCAAAUCUUUUACUCAGAAAUUCCAUCUUCAGAGCCACCAGAGAAUUCACACAGGGGACAAGCCAUAUUCAUGUUCAGAAUGUAGGAAAACUUUUACUGAGAAAUCAUCUCUUAAGAACCAUCAGAGAAUUCACACAGGAGAUAAGCAGUUUUUGUGCUCAGAAUGUGGAAAAUGUUUUACUAGAAAAACAAAUCUUGAAAAACAUCAGAAAAUUCACACAGGAGAAAAGCCAUUUUCGUGUUCAGAAUGUGGCAAAUGUUAUACUGAGAAAUCAAGUCUAAAUAGACAUCAGAGAAGUCACACAGAAGAGAAGCCGUAUUGAUGUUCAGAAUGUGGCAAAUGUUAUAUUCGGAAAUCAUCUCUUGUUCAACAUCAGAGAAUUCACACCAGGAACAACCAAUUCUGA